AUGGCAAGCUUUCAGUGCUUCGAAGUCUCGCCACAAUGUCCAGUUGAAUACUCGAUUUAUGGCUACUACCCAUCGUUACCAGCAAACGCCUUCCUUACAGCCUGGUUCGCUGUUCUUUUCAUACCUAACAUCAUUUUCGGCAUCUAUUACAAAACCUGGACCUAUAUGCUUGCGCUGGGUUUUGGCUGCGCAAUCGAAGCACUUGGCUACGGCGGUCGAAUAAUGCUUCACCAAAACCCCUUCUCGUCAAGCGGAUUCCAGAUGCAGAUUUGCUGUCUCAUUCUUGGACCAGCCUUCAACAGCGCGGCUAUAUACUUGACCAUGAAGCACAUUGCACUUGCCUUUGGACCUGAAUAUUCCAGCCUCAAACCUAAGUGGUAUACUUGGAUUUUCAUCACUGGUGAUCUCUUCAGCUUGGUCUUGCAGGCUAUCGGUGGAGGUAUGGCUGCCACUGCAGAUGACGAUGAUGCUCGGCGUGACGCCGGAACAUAUAUUAUGCUUGCGGGUAUAUGCUGGCAGGUCGUUACAUUAAUUGUCUUUGCCGCUGUCAUUGGGCACUACAUCAUAAGACGCAGGCGAGCAAUAAAUUCAGGUCAUGCUCUCAGUGCCGAAGCAAAUGCUGUCUGGCACGACAAGAAGUUUCGACUCUUUAUGUUUGCAGUGGCUACUGCCUUUGGUGCUGUCCUUAUCAGGUGCAUUUACCGAAUACCCGAGUUGGCGGCAGGCUGGGCAUCUGAGAUCAUGCGAGAUGAGCCGAGCUAUAUCGCUCUGGAGGGUUGUAUGAUCGCAUACGCUACGUUGGUGCAGACUGUCUUUCAUCCUGGUUACUGCUUCCCACAGCUAGCCGGUCGCCAUCGCAAAGCUGGUGCGACUGCGGCGACAGAAGAGAAGGGAGUUGCUACACCCGAGAGCAACUAG